UUUACUUUCCCUCCCUCCUCUAAAUUAUUCUCUGUAAAUGGAACUCUCGUCUCCUUCAUCUUCAUCCUUUUCCCUCUUCUCAGAAAUCAACAAUGGAAAAUCAACCAUUGAUCUUGAUGAUGAAACUAAUAAUCAUGAAUUAUCCACCGCCGAUUCAAUCCCCAAUGACCCAGAUCAUCAUCAUCAUCUCAAUUCAGAAAACCCUAAUAAGAAUAAUCAAAUUCCAAAAUCUGAUUCUUCCAUUGAUUCUUCAAAUAGAGUUGCUUCUAAGAAGAAUAAGAAAGUUUCAGUUCCUUCUUCGUCGUCUUCUACUUCACACAAAGGUGGUUUUCGUAUGGUGAAUAAACGGAGGAUUGUGGAUUUUGGUGGUGGGAAGAGUAGGGCGGAGAGUUUUUUUGAUUCACUUGCUCUUCCACUUGGGAUGUCUUUUGCUGCUGUUGUUGCUCAGGUUUUGGACAAGAAAACUACUGCAGGUGAGAGGAUUGAAGCAGAUCAUCUUUCACAGAUCUGCACUGAAGCUUUGAAAGAAGCAUUAGCCAAGGUUUAUGGAAACAGAUUCGAUUCUUUCGUGAGAAACUUCGAGACAUCAUUCGAAACCACUUUGAGAACUCUACGAAUGAUUGACACAACAUUUUCCGAAAAGGUUAAGGAUCCCUUAGUUCACUCACGGAUAAACGAUUAUAUUUCAGAAGUGGCUCAACCUGCAUUAUCUGAAGAGCAAGGGCAUCCUUUAAGUAGAUCUAGUGUGAGAAGUCAUCAUUCAGAUGUGGUCCCAUCUACCUGUGGAGUUCAUGAGCCAUCAUUUAGUUCCUUUGAAGAGAGAAACGACGAGUCUAGUAAUGAUCUUAUUAAUCAGGAUCUCAUUCUGCAUCGUCAAAUAAAUCAACAGUUUUCUGUUUCUCAAAACUCAUUAGUUUCUCACCGUUCUGGUAACAACCAAUAUAUGCUGAGUACCUUUGAAAAGUCUGUCGAGGAGCAUGCUCGUUCAAAUGAUCUGAGGUCAUUUGAGAUCGGCCUAAAGAUGAAAGAACUGAAAUUGAAAGAAGAAAAGUUGUCUCUGAGUUAUGAUUCGAAUCGUCUGGAGAAGUGUAAAUUAUCUAUGGGUAUUUCGAAGGCUACCUUUAGAGCUGAAAAAUUCAAAACUCAGUUGGAAGAUACAAAACAUGCAGAGCUGCUUAAGAAGUGCAUUGACUGUCUCGUGGCGGGCCUGUUUAUCAUGUCGGCAUGCCUUAUGUACGGGGCGUAUAUUUAUUCGUACCAGCGGAUCACAGAAAUCACAGCAUCAUGUACGACGCCUCCUAAGGAGUCUACAUCCUGGUGGAUGCCAAAACAAGUGUCCUCCCUCAACUCAGGGCUACAUACAUUGAGAUGUCAGAUUGAAGUUGUAAGUCGGAUGAUGUUCGGGAUACUAAUGAUUUUGGUGAUCGGUUAUUUACUGUUGCAACGAUCUUCUUCUUCUAAGCAGACGAUGCCUAUUACCAUUAUCGUAAUGUUACUAGCAGUUGCUUGUGGUUUUGUGGGAAAAUUUUGCGUAGACACUUUAGGUGGGAGUGGAUUCCUAUGGCUCUUUCACUGGGAGGUCCUGUGUAUGGUUCAUUUCUUCGCGAACAUCUGUACAUCGGCUUUAUUUAUUCUCCUAUAUGGCCCUGUACCAGUGUCUGCAGGAACCAACAUUAACACAAAGCCUCCGUACUGGAUUCGCCGGUUUCUGUUCUAUGUCGUAAUUCUCUCUCUACCAGUAUUAUGCGGUUUGAUGCCAUUUGCAGGCCCUGGGGAAUGGAUUGAUCACUUCUUUUCCCGUGUAAGAGAUGCUUUAUUUGGGCCUGAAGAAGUCUGGGAAUAGUCGAAAAGUUAAUAAAGAUCGGGAAAGUUUUUGCUACCAGUGUAUAAUUAUUGCCAUCAGUAUUAUGCGGCUUGAUGCCAUUUGCAGGCCUUAGGGAUUUGAUUGAUCACACUUCUUUUCAGUCGAGAGAUGCUUUAUCUGCAUCAGAAGUCCUGGGAUGAAGAAUGAGUUAAUGAAGGACAAACAGGUUUCCUUUACCAGUGUAUAAAUAGUGUAUUAUUGUAGCUUUAUAACUCCAUAGGCCAGUGUUUAAACCUAUCGAGAUAUACCAUAGCCAUGACGAGAUGAACGCCAUUGCAACAACAGUUAGGGUUGGUGGUACGUGGUACCUUUUCUGUCUCCAUGUGUUGACCAGUUGUGUGAAGGUUAGUUUUCCAGAUCAUGGAAGCUGCAGUCAUCUUUAAGUUAUUCAAGUUACAAACAAGAGGGCAUUUUUCUUUUCUGAGUUAUUCAAUCUCAAAUGGAGGUUAUUUUCUCUGUAUUUCUUCCCUUUCUCCUUUGCCUGAUGAAUGUAAAUGUCUUCUCUUUUUCAUUUUGUUUUGUGCUGUUGUAUCUCCAUUUCAAAUCGUAUAAAGUGAUUUUCUUCAUCUGACUA